CAGAUUUUUAUCGUAGUCUUCAGAUAUUGUUCUUUAUUCUUUCUUUAAAAAUCUUACAGACUAGAUGAACAGGCUGGGUAUCAAGUUUGUCAUGAAAAAUGUCAUUUUCUCAGUAAGUGAUCAAAAACAGCUUUGGUACAUAUUUAUUUUAUUUUUGUUUAAUGAACAAUACCUUCAAAUCAUUAAGAUUGAGCUGUAUUGACUCAUUCAGUCUAUCUUUACACUGAUAGAAACCUAAACCUAAAGAGGGCUGCACUUUUAUGAGAGCCAGACAUGUUAGAAUGGCCAACCUGGAGCUGUCACCCCUAAUAUUACAACAUCUAGUACAAAAGUUACAUUUUAUACGAGUAAAUAAAUUAGAAAAAAGAAUCAAUGUUUACUUGCUAUGAGCAAUGCCCAUUAAUUCAGUGGGCCGUUUGUCCUCAUAUGCCAGAGAUGUGAGAAUGCUGCUGUUCUCACUUUCCACAAGAACCCCUGGCACAGAGAGGCACUGACCAGCCCACACAAACAUGCCAGUAGUGCUUCAGAGUGCUUCACUCAUCUGCCGAGUGGACGGCGAGAGGAAAGGGGAGAGUACAAAAUAGAUGGAUGUUAGAAAAUGAGCAGUAGAGAGAGUGUGGUUUAUGCAGGAGAGGAAAAUGGACAGGAAGAGAGAGAGGGAUAGGAGUGACUCCAUCGAUAAGUGGAUCUAUCGUUGACCCGGCACUAUUGAAACUGAGUUUGAAGCUGGCUGUGUACAUCAUGGCAUGCUGCUGCUGUCCGAUUCCGUGCCUCAGAAACUGCUUCUUGUUUUCAGCGAUAUCACCCGCUGAGUUUGAUGCCUUAUGGAAUGACCCUCCAUACACUUUAGCAGCCGUCAGUGAGCUCUUUUCGCCCAAUGACACCAUGACAGCCGAUGACGAAGCGGAGGCUGAGGCGGAGGCAGAAAGCAUAAGCAUAAGCAGAGAGAUUUACUGGAGGAGGAAGCAAACAUUCAGCGGAAGCACCACAGUAUCUUCAGCAGGAGAACGGUCCUCUCCAGAUGUUGUUUUGUUGUUUAGCGGGAGGCGACGAUCUGGUGUAGCACCUUACGGUGAGCUUCAGGAGGCGUUACGUACCAGACUCCGAGUAGUAGAGAGCAACAGCCAGGAUGUUGUCCAGCUCUUCAAGGAUCUGUCUGCAAGACUAGUGUCGGUUCAUGCUGAAAAAGACAGCUUUGUCAUCACUUUUAAGACUGUCGAGGAAAUUUGGAAGUUCUCUACUUAUUUGGCACUUGGAUAUGUAGCAAGAUGUCUUGAGAACUUUCUCUGUGACCAGUCGUUCUGGCUGGACCCUGCAUUGCUUAGUGAUGUGGAGAUCUGUGUAACAGCGGACGAAGACCACUUAGCUACUCUUUACUUAGGACUUCUGCUACAGGAAGGUACAUUCUUUGCCAAGACUUUAUACAACAGUGAUUGCAAGGAGGAGGAAGAGGAGCUGACCUACAGGAGGAAUGACCUGGUGAUUGUUAAAGACAUAGGACAAGAGGCCAUUUGGGAAGGUACACUGCUGUCCACAGGCCAACACGGUCUAGUGCCUGUGCAUAAUAUGCAGCCUCUGCCCUAUCCAUUUUAUCAGUGGUUCCUUAAGAAAUAUCCCGGAAAUGCAGGAGGGAUUCUAGUUACAGAUGGCCUAUUCAAUCAUCCUGUUGUGGUUGGAACUUGUGUAGCAGUAGCGGACCAUUACCCAGUGGUUAAAGAUGAGCUGCACUUAUGCAAGGGAGACAUAAUCAAGAUUGAGGGAUUUCUUUUCAAUACUCUCAACAUGUUCAUAGGAAGACACCUUACAAGUGGAGAGAUAGGAUUUGUUCACAAGGCCAGUGUAAAACCUCAGAGUAUUGAGCCUAUCGAUGGACAAUUGGUCUUUCUCAGUGAGGAGGAAAGGGCAGCCCUGUGUAAACUUAACCCCUGCUUUGAGCCUUGCCAGUCUGAUGUACUGGCAAAUCUUUUCUCAACAGACAUAAGCACUGUGUAUAGACUGGAUAGACUUGAUGACUCUGAUUUCACUUACAUAAGAAAUCAUCCAAAAUCAGAGCAGAAAUCUACAGUGGAUCAAAGAAAGAGCACCGUAUCUGAGAAAAGUGACGCAACUCCCUACCACUCGUCCCCUCGGCAAUCAUUCUAUGCAUCUUGGAAUCAUCUGUACCAAGACUCUGAGGUCUUCUCCUUCAGCAUGGAAGACACCUUUAGAGAAAUGGAUGAAUAUGAGGAAGACCCUCCAAAUUUCAUGGAUGAGGGUAUCUGGGAGACAGAUGAAGCCGAGAGAUGUGACCCGAUCCUGACCCUUCUAAAUCUGGAAUAUUUUCAGGACACAUUUCAAACUCUUUACGACCUCUCCUACUCUUUCCUGGACACUAUCUUCCAUGGCCUUUCAGAGGAUGAGGUGCUUCAACAUUUGGAAAACUUGCGAGAAGGAGCUAAGAAAUGCAGGAUGCUCUGGGCCCACCGGCGAGCCUGCUUCCUUCUUGGCCGGCUAUGUGCUAAGAAACUGAAGUACUCGCAAGCACGAGUGUACUUUGAGGAGGCUCUAAAGGUCCCUGUAACUGGUUUUGAUGACAAGCCACUUCUAAUAGCCCUGUAUACCAAUCUCACUGCAAUUUACCUCAAACAGAAGAUGAAGGACAAGCUACCAUUUACACUAGAGAAGGCAAGUGCUCUAAUUAUGUGCCUUCCUUGCCACAACUUCUGCUCUGUGGAUGAGUUUGAGCUGCUCAAACCAAUCAUGCGCAAAGCCAUAGUUGAAAAAGACAAGUACCUAGAGGCACGGACAUGCUACCUCUCCCUCUGUCUCUUUCUCAGUCUAAGAAAAAUAGAGGAUGCUUUACCUUUUGUAGAGAGACUUCAGUUACUUAUCAUAACACUGUCUGCAGAAAAAGGGAGGCCAGUUGCCCCUGUUGAUCUCAAUUGGAUGCUGUGCAGGCUUUAUCAUAAAAAGUAUUUGCCCUACCUCACACUAGCUUCUUUAAGUUUAGACUCAGGGCAAGAGCAUUCCGUGGAUGAUGCAUUCCAGAAAAUUGAACUCUUUAUCAAAAACUCAGCCAGGCUUAAUCCUCACUGGAAGGAAAGUACUUCAGAGCUUCCUGCACAGGUGGUGGUCUACCUUCAACAGGCCUUGUCAAUAGCUAGUCAAGGGGAAGACUUUAGGACUCGGAGGGACUUGUGCCUGAGCCUGGCUAGUGUUUACCAGCAGCAUGGAGCUUUAGAGAAGGCUGUGCCCUUUGCCCAGCAAGCAGCAAAGACUGGAAGUCAAAUUAAUGAAGAGGAGGGCUUUGAGGCAUCUGUACUGCUGGCCUGGCUAUUGGUGCUAACAGAUGAACCCAUGCAAGCUCAGAAUACUCUGCAACCUAUGCUUAAAUCUUUGGAUGAAACAGACAGUCCGACGCAGCGUGGUGUAGUCUACAACCUUCUAGCCCUAUGCCUCAGCAAACGGGGCAGAGUCCAGGAGGCAGCAAGAAACUUUUAUUGCGCUCUGCAGAUCUCCCGAGAGAAUGGGAACAAGCGUAAUGAAGCUCUAGCACUGGCAAACUUGGGCUGCUUGUUUCUGUCUGUCGGGGCUUCGGGCCUAGCAGAGUGUUUCUUGCUCAAUUCCCUGCACCUAUUCCAGUUUCUCUCAGACAGCCCCACAGAUCAGGAGCAUGUCCAGGCUUUGCUUUGGCUCGGCAGGAGCUACAAAGAUAGAGGAGGGAGUCAGGAAGUCAGACUAUGCUUUGAGAUGGGCCUCCUUAUUGCUAUUAGUGCCAACAAUCUGCACAGUCAAAUGGUUGUUGCAAAAGUUCUAAGUCGGCAUUACGCUGACUUGCUGCUGUAUGGACAGUGUAUUGUUUACUAUGAGCAUUGCGUGGGGCUGUGCAGAACGCUAAAGAAUAAACAGCUAGAAGGAGAGUACCUGGAACUUCUCAGCAACCUCUAUCUCUCACUCAACACUGAGAAGUCAUCAAGGAAGUCUCUUGAUUAUUCAAAGCAAAGCUUAAGGAUCUCCAUAGAUCUGGGGAAAAGACAGGAAGAGUCUGAGACAUGGCUUCAACUGGGCCGUAUCUACUAUCUGAUCUAUGAAGAUGAGCUGGCUGACAUGUACCUACAGGCAGCAGUAAAGACAGCCCUGAGAAUGAAUGACCCAUGCUUUGCUAUGAGCAUUUAUGAGGAAGCAGGAGAUGUGUUCUUCAAAGGACACAGAAAUCAACUGGCUGCGCUACCAUUUUACAGGGAUGGGAGUUUGCCAUUUGCACGCAGCAUAAAGGAUGUGCACUCAGAGUUUAGGCUGUUGAGCAAGCUCACAGAGCUCCUGAUGAAGCAGAAGCAGUAUGAGGAGGCACUGCAAUACGCCACACUCGCAGUGCAAGUCAGCGCCACAACUGGUGUUCCUCUGAAUGAGAGAGUGUCCUGCCAUCGUCUUGCAUCAGUGCAUUUCUCUUUAGGGAAGUAUGAGAUGGCUGAAAACUACUACCUUAAGUCUAUUUCAGUCUGCCCUACUGCUCUUGAACAUGCCAUUGAAGUUCGGUACUAUGUUAAAGUGUACUGCAGACUUGCUGAUCUGACCCUAUACAGAUUAAAGGAUGCAUUCGAUGCCAUGGGCUACUUCCACUUAGCCCUCGCGGCAGCUCUGGAGGACAAAGAAAGCCUAAGCACAUUGUACAUAAUCUAUAUGAGGCUCGCAGAGAUCCAUGCCAACUUCAUUCCCGAUGCUGAACUGAGUAAAAGCUACAUGGAAAGAGCGCAGAGUUUGAGGAAGGAACUGGCAGGAUACACAGACUCUUGUGACACAGAAGAAACACAUCAGGACCCAGCUGAGGCAGAGCCUGACACUCCCACCAAAGAUCGGUCAGAGUCCAGCAGUGGCACUAGUACUCUGACCGAGUCCAGCAUGACCCACACCAGCCUCACAAUCAAUGCAGAGUCUGAGCACAUACUCUCUAACACAAGCCACAAAGACGACCCGAACACUAACAUAUCGGUGGAAACAGACACAGACCCUCCUGAUCAAACCAAGAGACUAGCAGUUUGAAGGAAGGUUUGACUGGUGUAUUGUGAAUAAGACACAUUUCUAUCACUCUGAAAAAAUUCUAACUUCUUAUAAUGAAGACC